AUGCAUGUACCAUGUCUAGAGAUUUUAGAAGAUACUGAAACUGUACUUCUCCUACUUCUUUUAGCAGAUGUGAACAACAAGGAAAUGCAAAUUGGAAACCAGACUUCCGUGUCUCAUUUCAUUUUGGUCGGCUUGCACUACCCACCGCAUCUGGGUGUACCAUUCUUUCUAAUUUUCCUUGUUAUCUAUGUCCUCACUGUCUCUGGCAAUGGGAUCAUCAUCAUCACAAUCUUGGUGGACAUCCGGCUCCACCGUCCUAUGUACUGGUUCCUCUGUCACCUUUCCUUCCUGGAUAUGACCAUUUCCACUGCCAUUGUCCCCAAAAUGCUGACUAUCUUUCUCUUGGAUAAUAGAGUAAUCUCCUUUGUGGGCUGUGCAAUCCAACUCUUUUCUUUCCAUUUCCUGGGCUGUACUGAAUGCUUCCUUUACACACUCAUGGCUUAUGACCGUUUCCUGGCCAUCUGUAAACCUUUACACUAUGCCACCAUCAUGACCCGCAGCGUCUGUACUUACCUGGCUUUUGGCACCUGGUUUGGAGGCACCCUCCACUCACUCUUCCAAACAACUUUCAUAUUCCGGCUGCCCUUCUGUGGUCCAAACCAAGUAGACUACAUCUUCUGUGACAUUCCUGCCAUGCUGUACCUAGCCUGUGCUGACACCACCAUCAAUGAGUUGGUCACCCUUGUGGACAUUGGCUUCCUGGCCCUCACCUGCUUCGCACUUAUCCUUACUUCCUAUGGCUAUAUAGUAGCUGCCAUCUUGAGAAUCCGUUCUGCUGAUGGGCGUCGCAAUGCCUUCUCCACCUGUGCUGCCCACCUCACUGUUGUCAUUGUUUAUUAUGUUCCCUGCACUUUCAUUUACCUGAGGCCUAACUCACAUGAAUCUCUGGAUGGGGUGGUGGCCGUCUUCUACACUGUCAUUACUCCCUUGCUUAACCCCAUCAUCUACACACUCCGAAAUAAAGAGAUGAAGGCAGCACUAGGGAGACUGGUAGGACGCAAGGAGGUGCAGACUCACUGA